CUAAGGCUGAAGCUGUAAUGGGUGGAUCCAAUUUCCUACCAGCGUUACGUCACAAUUUACGGGGAACUCGAAUAAGGUUUUAAGACAAGGUGGCAUAUUAUAAUAAGGUUUAGUGGGUCACGUAGGGGUUCUAAUCCCCCGGCAUGGGUGCGGCUUCGCGGCCGCUCGGCCAGUGCGAGCCAGCGAGGCCAUGGCGGCGGGGCUCCUGCUCUGCCUGGCUUGGUACUACACCAUACUUGCUGGUUUUUACGUGCUGUAUUGCCCUCUAUUGUACAUAAUAUUUUUGAAUCAUAACUGGUACAGAAAGUUGGCAGAUGUUCUGUUUGCGCUUUGGGAACUUUAUCCUGUGGCAUUAUUCCAGUGUUGCUAUAAUACUCAAUUGCACCACUAUGGAGAUUACGUGAACCCGGAUGAGAAGACCAUUAUUAUUAUGAACCAUCGCACAAGGGUUGAUUGGAACUACGUCUGGAUAGCCCUAUACCAUGCCUCCCACGACCCGGCGCGAGUUGAGACGUGUAUUUGUAAGGAAACCACAUCGAAUAGGGAAAAGAACGACAUUCUGGAUGUCGUAGCAGGAGGAAGAUCCAAAAUAAAGUUUGUGUUGAAAGACGAGCUAAAAGUUGUGCCCGGAAUGGGUUGGAUAAUGCAGCUGAACUUUUUUUUAUACGUCAAAAGAAACUGGCAAGAGGACCAGCUGAAUUUAACGCAAUUUGUAGACUACUACAAGCGGCUCAAAUAUGAUUAUAGAAUCAUUUUGUUUCCCGAAGGAACGGAUUUGAGUGAUGAGAACAAACGGCGAAGUGAAAAGUAUGCGACUCUUAAUAANCUUAAUAAUUUGCCGCGUUACACAUACGUUUUGCACCCGCGAACUACGGGUUGGGCGGCGCUGUGCUCCCAGCUACGAGCUACGGGCUUGGCGUCCGUCUACGACGCAGCCGUAGCCUACGACGCGCCCGCCCAGACCGAAGGCGACUUGCUACGAGGGCGGAUACCGAAACAUGUGCAUUUUUAUUUCAAACGGUACCCAAUAGAGCAACUCCCGCUGGAAGAAGAUGAUCUCCGAAAAUGGCUCAACCAAAGGUGGAGUGACAAAGAAAUUAGUUUACGAAAAUUCCACGAAGAAGGAGUGUUCGUGGAUCCAACUACUAGAAAAUUUCCCAUAGAGAGAUUACCAAGGUCCAUGAAUGCAGCCCUGAUGGCGUUUACAUUCUGGACCAUAGUUGAUGUCAUAUUUUUGUACGCUAUGUUUAACAGCGUUUUGUUCCAGUUUUGGGUAUUAUAUCAUAGUCUGUUAUUUGUUUUCGUUACUCGUUAUUUUGGAGGGUUUCAGAAUAUUCAAUAUCAAUUGUUAUUAAAUAGGCUUAAGUUUCAAUAAAUCCAAUUUUAGUAAAUUUUAUUAAGCCACUGUGAAUUCUCAUUAUUGCCAAAAUACAUAACUACGAUUGUAAAUAAAAUACGUUUGUCGGUCUUUUAACUGGAUUCUUGUUAAAAUUGCGUGGAGUAAUUAAGUCGUUAAUAUUGUUGUUCUU